UCCUCCUCUGGCUGGGGGAGGGGGAGAAGGGGCUGUCGGCACAGCUCUGGAUACAAAGCAGCCAGCCACGCUCUGGCUCCUUCCUCCCUCACCCUGUGUGCCUCCUCCUCCUCCUCCUCCUCCUCCUCCUCCCUGUUUCCACGCUCCCUCCCUUCCUCUUUCACUCUCUUUCUUUCCCUGAACGCCACGCUGCAGACCUGGGGAGCUGGAGGUCCAGGCAGGAGGAAGGAGCUCUCCAGUGCUAUUUGUUGGCAGAGAGGCACCGCAGGAGCAUCAUCUUGGUUACUGCCUGGAUUAAUGAGAAUACAUUUAAAAAAUUAUACAUUUAUAUAAAAAGAGAAAAAAAUCCGGACCUAACAAACGAGGAAGAAGGGAGGAGAGAAGGAGGAGGAGGUUGCUGGGGAGGGGGGAGCCCACUCUGAUGGGUGAACAGUCGCUUUGAAUCGUGCCUCUGUUCCCGAGGAUCAAAGCAUGAAUGGGAGCAGCUUCCCAGCCACCAUGGAGAGAGAAGGCAACGGUUCAGGCUGUGGGAAUAAGGUCUCCUUCCAGAUGAGUCUCUGAAGUUCCUGCUGGCAGCUCCAGCAAGUGUCCUGUAGAAGUGCCCUCCUGCUCCUGCUCCCAGCAGCCGAGGCCCCUCCAAACCUGCUUCUGCAAUGGGUAAUGAGGAGCUGUGGGUCCAGUCAGUCUUGGAGAUGCCGAAGAGACGAGACAUCCUGGCUAUCGUGCUGAUAGUUCUGCCCUGGACACUCCUAAUCACCGUCUGGCACCAGAGCACCAUUGCUCCUCUGCUGGCAGUGCACAAGGAUGAUGGUGGCAGUGACUCCCGGCGUGACCUCGGCUUGGACUCCAAGGAAUACUGCUUGUCGGAGCGGGACAUUGUGGAGGUGGUGAGGACAGAAUACGUUUAUACCCGCCCACCCCCUUGGUCAGACACCUUGCCCACCAUCCACGUCAUCACCCCUACCUACAGCCGGCCGGUCCAGAAGGCAGAGCUGACCCGUUUGGCCAACACCCUCCUGCACGUCCCCAACCUCCACUGGAUCCUGGUGGAGGACUCGCAGCGCCGCACGCCCCUCAUCACCCGCCUGCUGCGGGACACGGGCCUCAACUACACCCACCUCAACGUGGAGACCCCCCGCAACUACAAACUGCGGGGGGACAUGAGGGACCCCCGCAUCCCCCGGGGGACCAUGCAGAGGAACCUGGCCCUCAGGUGGCUGAGAGAGACCUUUAACAAAAACAACAGUCAGCCCGGGGUUGUGUACUUUGCCGAUGAUGAUAACACCUACAGCCUGGAGCUCUUCGAGGAGAUGCGCAGCACCAGGAAGGUCUCGGUGUGGCCGGUGGCUUUCGUGGGUGGCUUGAGGUACGAGUCACCCAAGGUCAACGCUGCAGGGAAGGUCUAUGGCUGGAAAACUGUCUUUGACCCCCAUCGUCCCUUUGCCAUAGACAUGGCAGGCUUUGCUGUCAACCUCAGGCUCAUCCUCCAGAGGUCUCAGGCUUACUUCAAGCUGCGGGGAGUCAAGGGAGGCUACCAGGAGAGCAGCCUGCUGAGGGAACUGGUGACCCUCAACGACCUGGAGCCCAAAGCUGCCAAUUGCACAAAGAUUUUAGUCUGGCACACAAGGACAGAAAAGCCUGUGCUGGUGAAUGAGGGGAAGAAAGGAUUCACAGAUCCCAACGUGGAAAUCUGAUGGCAUGUGGCUGAAUGGAGACCAACACCAGAAGAUUCCUUCAAUGCACAGCCUGCAGGGUUCCUCUCCCCAGCAUACGACCAGCCAGACGUGGAGUAGCCAGGACCUCUGCUGACUUCCAAGAGUUUUUUUUUUUUUAGCCUACUGAAAACGAGCAACUCUGCAUACAUAAGCUACCCGGAUUCCCCUGCCCUUCCUCCUGGACUCUGAGCAGAACCAGACAACUCUGGAAGUGGAGAGAAAGCACAGAAAACACAGGACUGGCCCCAGCUUCAGGAUGGGAGCAGCUGCCUCGCCGGGUGCUGGGUUUGGGAGACGUGCGUGUGCUGGAGGCAGAGCCCAGCUGGAGUGGGCAUCAGCACUGAGGGGGCUGUUCUGCUGUUUUAGAGGACCUGAAAGCAAGGGUGAGAAUGCCCCCAGGAGCCUGUUGGCCCCUGAGGACUUGUUUUACCUGGUACCACACGUACCUCGUGGCUGUGUGUGCAACUGCCUAAGCAGCUCUCUGUUGGUGGAGGGGACAGCUGCCUUCUGAGAUGGCACCUUAGCCCUUAAUUUUAAACCUACUUUAAAUCAGUGUUUAUUAAGCUGCACAAGAAGGGGAGGGUUUUGGGGGAUGGUGAAAAGCAAGGCAGGUUGGAACAAACCCAUUAAGCAUCUUGGUUCUCUUUGUAUUCCCCUCCUCUUUCCCUUCAUUAGUUCCACGGUUUGGGGGCACUCUUGACAUAACCUCUGUGUUCCUGGAUGGAGUUAUGCUGACAGCAUGUGGGAAUCUUAUUCAUCCAUGCUAAAAUAAUUGGUUUUUAAUGAGAUUGUUGUGGCCACAGACCAUAAGACUGCAUCCAGGCUCAGCUCUUGGUUCUGUUUCAUUCCAACUUGGUUCACACGAGCAUUAGGUGUGGGAUUCUCCUCCAUGAGGCCAAAUUUCUUUAAAAAAUAAAAUUACAACUAGGGAGUGAAUGCUAAAAGCUGAUUUUAGUGCUCUUACCAUUCUACUGGAAUGUAUCCUUCAGCCUUAGCCCCUUUUGCAGGGCCAUGCUGGAGCAGCUGGAGAGUUACCUCCUAAUGGAUAGAGCAGCAUCUUCUAGAGAGGAUCCUGUGCUUGGUGCUCAGUUUCUUCAGCACCCAGCCUGAGGUAGGUCUAAAAACCAUCUAUGUAGAACACCAGUUGCCUCUUCCCUGUUCUGUACCAUCAAAGGAGAUGAGAUAGCAUUGGUUCUCUGAUGAAACUGUAUUUUGCUCCUCAUUGAGAGACACAGGACUGAGCAGUGCAGAAGAGGAACCUGGGUGCUACUAACUUGGCUGACUGAGUAUUUGAGAUUGACAAACUUGCUGAGGAAGAAAUUGAGGUAUAACAUUACCCCUUCUUCCCUCCACAGGCCCCUUAAGUGAAAAAACCAGGAUUUAUUUGCCCCUUCACAGUUGUCAUUGAACCUCUGAUGAAUCCCCACUGCCCCAAUAGUUUUGAAACAGGUUUGAAGCACAAUUUUGUCUUUGAAUUGAGGGGAAAUGUCAGCCUGGACUUGGUUAUAUUUAGCCCUAACACACAAAACUAUUAAAAUGCUAUAGAUCUGAUUGUUAGCUUCACAGUGCAGAAGUCUCCCCUUGGACUAAUAUAAUUAUGUAAUUUCCUAACUAGUUUUUAAAAUAAUGAUUUUUUGUUGUUGUUGUUAGUGCUUUUCUCCCACUGUCUAUCAAAAAACCAGAAGUUGCAUUCUUUAGUUUCACAAAAGCCUGGCCACGUAGGCUUUACAAAAAUGUUCCUUUAGAUGGCUGAAGUGCUACUUGGAGAGAAAGCAUUUGAUGCUACUGGCUGCUCUGUGUUGUUAUCUUGUAUUAAUACAGCAGCUCUCUGCACUCAAGCAGAUUUAUUCUCUUACUGUACUAACCUUCCAAGUUCACUCCAGUCUGCAAACCCUUAAGUGGAAAGAGACAUUUUUUAAAGGACUACAAAGCUUUCACCCCAUUUAAAUAGUUUCCAGCUGGCAUCCUCUCCUAGCUGCCUGUUUUCUUUCACUAAUCUUAAUUCCAGUCCCUGCUGGGUUGCAGCCUUCCCUCCUUUGGAAGGAAAUAACUUCCAGAACAAUGCAAAGGAUCAAGUCCUGAACACAACCCUGCAUACACUCUCCUCAAAGUUGGGCACAGGAGCCCUUCCAAGCUGCACAGAGGCUGCUGUGGUCCUCAGGAGCAGAGAUCUGUGUGUUCAAGUAAGACUCUGGCCAGGACUGUCUGUUCUCAGUUUUAAACAGACUGUAUUUAAAUUUGUUAAAUAAAAUGAUGGUUUCUAAUACCAGAAUGCCAACUCCAUUAU